CGCACGUUGGAAUGUCAAUUGAUACGUGGAGAUAUUUUGCCGGUUGGACCGAUAAGAUUCAAGGAAGCACGAUUCCGAUUUCUCACGCGAGACCCAACCGAAAUUUGACCAUAACUAAGCGUGAACCGAUUGGAGUUUGCGGUCUCGUGACGCCUUGGAAUUAUCCAUUGAUGAUGUUAUCAUGGAAAAUGGCUGCGUGUUUGGCUGCUGGCAACACUGUCGUUAUCAAACCUGCUCAGGUUUCCCCGCUAACGGCUCUCAAAUUUGCGGAAUUGACAGUAAAAGCCGGCAUACCGAAAGGAGUUGUGAACGUUCUUCCUGGCACAGGAAGCGUUUGCGGACAAGCGAUUGCUGAUCAUCCGUUAGUCCGCAAACUCGGAUUCACUGGAAGUACUCCGAUAGGACAAGUAAUAAUGCGAUCGUGUGCGGAUUCGAACAUCAAGAAAUGUUCUCUCGAACUUGGUGGGAAAUCUCCGCUCAUCAUUUUCGCUGACUGCGACUUGGAUCGAGCUGUUCGCCAG